AUGGCCUCUUCAACGACUCGUAUUCUUGAUUAUACACCUUUUCUGUCGUUGGUCAGCCGUCUCCGAAAACCAAGUCCAAUUCGUGCACUGAUGCCUAUCAUGUCGUUGCCUGGUAUGAUCUCACUGGCUGGCGGUUUACCAAAUGCUUCAACUUUUCCUUUCCAAUCCAUUAACGUAGACUUGAAAACUACAACAACGCCAUCGACACUUUCUGUGGAUGGACAAUUAUUAGCCGAUAGUUUACAAUAUCACCCAAGUCAAGGGUUACCUCAACUCACAAAAUGGCUAAGAGAACAUCAGAGAAAAACUCAUUCUCUCAGCGAUGAUGAAAAAAAGGAAGCAUGGGAUGUCAUUUUGACAACAGGAUCACAAGAUGGACUCACAAAAGCUUUUGAAAUGUUUUUGAAUCCAUAUUGUGUUCAAGAGCAUUCUAUGAAACAAUCAAGUGAUAUAUUGAAUGAGGAUAUUAGAGAUGCCAUUAUUAUUGAGCGACCAACUUACUCUGGAUCUUUGAGCACAUUGUUUACUUUGUCACCACACAUGAUUGAAGUAGAUGUUGACCAAUUUGGACUUAUCCCAGAAAAACUUGAAGAAUCAGUUGAAGAAUUCAAGAAGAAGCAUCCAAAGACAAUGAUUAAAUUUCUCUAUACCAUUCCCAAUGGACAAAAUCCAAGUGGCUGCUCUUUGACGCUUGAAAGAAAAAAGAAAAUUUAUGCCCUCUCCCAAAAAUAUAACUUUUUAAUUUUAGAGGACGAUCCAUAUUAUUAUUUGGCAUUAGAUAAUCCAAGCGAGCCAGUUCCAUCCUUUUUGUCAAUGGACACUGACGGCAGAGUCCUCAGAUUCGAUUCUCUUUCAAAAAUUCUUAGUAGUGGAAUUAGAUGUGGUUUUGUCACUGGUCCAAUUCAAUUAAUUAACCAAAUGGUUCUUCACAUUCAAGCUAGCAAUUUGCAUAGUUGUGGAUUAUCUCAAGGAAUUGUUUAUGCUUUAUUGAGUCAAUGGGGAGAAGAAGGUUUUGCUCAACAUGUAAAGCAUGUUCAAAAAUUUUACACGGCUAAAAGAAAUGAGUUGAUUGAGUGCAUUGAUAGACAUUUGAAAGAUUAUGUUGAGUACAGCAUCCCUGUAUGUGGAAUGUUUGUUUGGAUGAAAUUGAAGGGAAUUCCCGAUAGUUUGAAGUUUAUUGAACAAAAAGCCAGACAACAAAACGUACUAAUGUUGCCAGGUACAUAUUUCUAUCCCUCACAAGGAAGUGUGACCCCAUAUGUACGAGCUUCAUUCUCUAUUGCUUCAAAGGAACAAAUGGAAGAGGCAUGUAAAAGAUUAGCUAUUCUAAUCAAGGAAGAGCUUGACCAGUAA